UCGCGGCAAUAAUUCUGUCCGCCUCACAGGUGCCGGCCACCGCCACGCCUGCUCGGAAGGGUUCAGGUCUCGUUCUACGGCCGGAGGCGGCUCGUUCGAGGGGAAUCGGACCGAGCUAGUUAAUAUCUUAUGGUGGUAACUUAGAGGUGCAUUUUCUGACGCUAAUCGGCUUCCAUGAAGACAUAGAAGAGGUUUUAACAUUUAUGAAAAGAUGAAAGGGGCAAGUUUAAACAAGCUGAGAGGCGCAAAACUUUCAAUUUCUUUCAUAGCUUUAAUUUGCACGUCUCUUCUUAUUUGGGCAUGGGAGCCUCUUUUAGCGUCUGUUUUGCCACUUUCAGAUCACUUUGAUGUCCGCUUGGGUAAUUUCUAUCCAGGUCAGCAACAACCCACAGAGGAUGAUUUUCUCAAAGCAGAGCGACAUGCUGUACCUGUUACUGAAGGGAUGCAGUAUAUUGGUGAGAAUGCAGAUGCAAAUAUGGCUCAUGAUUUGGUCAAUGAGCUAUCGGAGCAUGGCAUUUCUCCUCCUUCGGGUACCCUGAGAUUGAAGUCAGGUACAGAUCCUGAUGGUGACAGACAUUCGGAUGCAGCAUCUGAUAAAAAGAAAGACUGUAAUUAUGCCAGGGGAAAAUGGGCUGUGGACAAACGGCGACCAUUGUAUUCAGGUUUCGGUUGCAAGCAAUGGCUCUCUGAAAUGUGGGCUUGUAGACUGACCAAACGAACAGACUUUUCCUUUGAAGCUUAUAGAUGGCUACCAGAAAAUUGUGAAAUGCCAGAAUUUGAGGGAUCUGCUUUCUUGAAACGGAUGCGACAUAAAACUCUUGCCUUUGUGGGGGAUUCCUUAGGAAGACAGCAAUUCCAAUCCAUGAUGUGCAUGAUCACUGGUGGCAGAGAAACCUCUGAUGUGGAAGAUGUUGGAAGAUCUUAUGGGCUUGUUAAAGCCCGUGGUGCUGUAAGACCUGAUGGUUGGGCUUACCGCUUUCCUAGAACAAACACAACCAUUCUCUACUACUGGUCAGCAAGCCUGUGCGAGUUGGAGCCUCUAAACCGAUCCGAUGCAGAUACCCAUUACGCCAUGCAUCUCGAUCGCCCUGCUUUUUUCUUAAAGCAUUUUCUUCAUCGUUUUAAUGUUUUGGUGCUUAACACUGGGCAUCAUUGGAACAGGGGGAAGCUUAGAGCUAACAAAUGGGAAAUGUAUGUUGGUGGGAAGCCAGUUGUGGAUAGGAAACUUGCACAGAUAGCAAAUGCCAGGAAUUUUACCGUUUACAGUGUUGUGAAAUGGUUGGAUUCACAGCUUCCCCUUCAUCCAGGACUGAAAGGUUUCUAUAGAUCAAUUUCUCCAAGGCAUUUUGUCAAUGGAGAUUGGAAUACUGGUGGCAGCUGUGAUCAUACUACUCCAUUAGGCGGCGGAAGUGAGGUUACUCAAGUUCAUUCGAGUGAUACUGUCGCCGAGGGUGCUGUGAUGAGAACGAAGGUUAAGCUUUUGGAUAUUACCGCUUUAUCACAGUUGAGAGAUGAAUGCCACAUAUCGAAGUAUAGUGUCAAAGCUUCUACCGGCGCACAUGAUUGCUUGCAUUGGUGCUUACCGGGUGUUCCUGAUGCGUGGAACGAGUUGCUUUAUGCACAAAUAUAAAGCAUCAUUCUAACAUGAAGAAGUAUAUUAGUUCAGAAGAUGAGGAGAUAUCUAGAUUCUGUGAUUGUCUCUCCCAUUGUUGCUUCAAGUUAUGAAAUGAUAGCAAGCUCAGCUGCAAUCUCGUGUUUGGCUGGCUUUUUUUUUGGAAGAGAGCAGAAGCCAGUGUCUGUAGAGUAACGAUAUUCGGCGGGAUAGAUUCAUAAAGAAAGUUUUGAUUUGUGAUAAAACAUGUUAUUACAAGUGCUCUCAUUCUUCGUCCGCAGGUUUAUGUGGAUUACUCAUUUUAAAUUUGUUUUGAAUGUGUUAGUAUGUUAAAUUUAUAAUAUUAACAAUUCAGGCUGGUAGAAAUGAAAUAAUUUUUCAA